ACUUGCUAGAAUGUGGCUCCGACUCGGGCUGACCCGGAUCGGGCUGGUUCGGUCAAUUACGAUCCUUGCUAACAUCACAGAGUGACGACGCGACGAUGUUCUGUGCGGCUUCCGGGGCAAAAUGAUACCAUCACUUGCCCUAAAUCACUUCUCUCGGCAGCUGAUCCGAGAAUGUCUCUUCGCGCGUCCGAUCCAGUCGCUUGGAGCGAAGAUGAGCACUGCACAUCCUUGAUCAGGCCGGAGCUCACAGGAGGAGAACGAGGGGAAUAUACAAAAAGACAAUGUCAAAAAUAACGUGGAGGAAACAGGACAGGCCGUGAUCUUGUAUCGACCGGCCACAAUCGGACUUGAUGCAGAGGAUGAGUCAAUUCGAGAGCUCGAACUAGGAAUCGAAGCGGAGAGUCAUGAAAAACGAAAAUGCGGCUGAAUUACGAACGAACUUCCCCUGCUGGAUGUUCUUCGAUAGCCCGAGAGUCUACACACUUUGAUCCACCAUGAUGCAGUAGCCUUCCAGCCUGUUUCCCCAUCGCUUGUCCGGCAGGGCAUUGGCACUCAGAGUCAUUUCCUGGAAACUCUAUCCGGCCCGGGUGUGAGCUAUUGGGAAUAAUUGGAGGUCAUGCCUGAAGAGAUUGAUCGGUCAUCAAUCACUACGGAUCAGCGAUCUCUGCUUUCCGACUUCACCACAAUCCCGUACCAUGUCGACCAUUUCUACGCCAGUAAAAGUUCUCGUACUACAUGGCUACUCCCAGAACGCCUCCAUAUUCAGCAAACGCGUAUGCUGCGCUACUUUCCUCUCUACGUCUACCGACUCCUGAAACCUAUCGAAGCUCGGAGCUCUCAGGAAACAAUGCGGGAAGGCGUCUUCAUCGACGGCCCGAUCAUCCUCCAACCCGCCGAUCUCAUGGGCGCAGCGUCCACCACGUCGCUCGGCUCCGAGGAGGGGGCGGAAGCGCGGGGCUGGUUCAAGUGGAACGCAUCGAAGAACGAGGCGGAGGGGCUCGCCGAGUCUCUCGUCAUGAUCCGGGACCUGCUGAAGUCCCAGCGGUUCGACGGCGUGUUCGGGUUCUCGCAGGGUGCGGGGAUGGCUGGACUUCUCAGUGCUAUGCUCGAGCGGCCCGAAUCGUAUCCGCCGUUUCUCAUCUAUGGGCAGCCACCGCAUCCACCAUUCAAAUUCUGUGUCGCGGUAUCCGGCUUCCGACUCAACGGGGCGAUCGGCGACUCCGUCUUCGCCACAACAUACAAAACACCGACUCUGCACGUCAUCGGCAAGACGGAUAUCAUCGUCGUCGAAGAGCGAUCGCGCAAGCUCGUGGAUCUCAACGAGUCUCCCCGGGUGGAAGAACAUGACGGAGGCCACUUCGUUCCUUCGAAGGGCAACUGGCGCAAGUUCCUUGCCGCCUAUCUCCUCGAUCCUACCGGGGACGUGCCUUCGCCGUCGGCAUUCAGUAGUUCCGGAACUGCUACGCCUGUAGAGGGCCUCGCUAUGAAGCUUUGAGGGCGCGUACAAGGGCUAUAUGUAUCAUGAGCACUUAGACUAGAUACCACUAGACUGGUCAUAAAUGACCUGGUACAUCUACCACUACAUCAUUCUGGAUUUGUGACCUACAUAGGCAUCUAGACGACUCCCCGUCCAUCUGAGAGGCUGCUGCUCCUGCGAAACUUAUCCAUCAGUCUGUAGAGAAUCCCCUUCCUACGGCUCGAAAUGGUCGGACAGCUAUCAGAAGAGCAAAGACACGGCAAUAACAGCCCGGAAGUUUGGAACCCUCGAUCCCGUCUAUCCAUAGCCCGGAGAACCUCAAUCGUGAUCUGCUCUUCUAUGCUCCACUUGCGUUCUCGAAGGACCGGGCACGACGCCGAGACGACUACGUCCGGAUCCAACGACGGCUCAACACUCUGCGCAGGCGUGCGUUCGACGAUCCAGAUCGACGCCGAGGACGGAAACGGCUGCUCAAGGCUCCCGGCAUAGCUCAGUCCCGAUUCGUAGGUCAGCCGAUGGGGAAGCGGCGCUGGCUGGGCGGGUCGCCAAGCAGCAAGGGCAUCACUCCGGCGUUGGCCGAGAGGGUAGCUGAUUUCAUCGCAUUGCUCCCGAGGUGAGGGUGCUAUCACCGGCGAGACGAGUUCCAGAGGAUGCGAGUGGAGGAUGUGAUGCUCUUGCGGACCGAACGCCGACACUUGAGGAUUGAAGGGCGAGGCGAGUCCGUGACCAAGACCUGUCCCCAAGUCGAGCUGCAUAUGUUAGUGAGCCCGGGGCGAGGGAGACGCAUGGGCCUACAGAGGAGGUAUCUUGACUGCAACUGUCAAAGUCGAGUGACCGAGACAGACCGGGCGAUGGCGAGAUACCAGUCGGAACGCGCGUCAGUUCCAGCUCAGAGACCAAAUAUUGACGGAAGAGAGAGGGGGGACGGUGGUCUUGCUGGAGAGGAGGACAACCUUCAAGAGAGUGGUAUUGUGAUGACGGUGUAUUGAGGAGCACAGACUCAUUUGGGCCGAGCGUUUGACCACAUUCAGCAGGGACUUCACAGCAAUCAGGUAUUUCAGGCAGAUGCGGAAAAAGAAGGUCGAGCGAGGCAGCGAUAGAUAACUGGUUGUCGUCUUCGAGUUGUAGCUUGUGGGCUCGGGUGUGAACAGUAGGAGCAGAGGCGUAAGCUAAAAAGGGGAGCGAGGUCGGCAGGCAGGGACGGCGACGGUGGGCUUCUCUGCAACAUAUGCUGUGUUGGGCGUGUAGUUUUCGUCAGCCAUAGAUUGACGUGUGAGACGUGCUAUUGAUGAUAUGAAUGAGGGAGAGAGAGGUAUCGCGGCGAGAGAGGAUGUCGAUGGACCCAAGGGAGGAGGAGAGAGUACGAGUGGAACCAGCACGUAGCUUGUGUCAGUUUGGUUAUUGAUCUAAUCAUUAUCGGCCCGGCCCGAUCCUCGGGCUGAAAAAUCGCAACUGUACUCCACGACAGCUGGACACAUAUGGACAGGACACGCUCGGGAAACAAAGAUCAUCGGCACAAGAUAACUACUCAUGUGGCUGGUCAGGCCCCCGGAAUCUCCCCAUAAGGUCCCUCAAAGAUAGAGUAAAACAUCGGCCAAAAAUGGCCAUAUGUCC